AUGUCCACCCCUUCCGAGAGUCCCAGUUUCCUUUCAGAGGCCGGCGCACUUAUUGGCCUCAGUCUGGACGAUCAUCUAUCACUUCUCAACUAUCUCUCGUCCAGGCUACGGGCCUGUGGAGUAGCUUGGAAUGAAAGAUACCCUGCCUUGACUGUGGAGAAGCGGCGGGCGUUUAUCAACCAAUUUGCCGACGAUCUGCAUUCAGCUAUGAUGCUCUUCAGCUCUUUAGCGCUGAGAUUCAACCACCAUGUCUCCCGCCCCAACGCCCUUACUAAACUGACGAAGGUUGCUUUGUCGCUCCAUCUGACCGUUCCCUCCAUUGUUGCCGAAGCUGUUUCGGUUGAACAGGAGGUUUCUGAUCCUAUCCUCCCGGAUUACGUUGAUGAUUGGUGGAACCAAGAUUCUCCCAAGACGUUGAGUCUUCCACAAUUGGUCGCGGCUUGGCGCGCGCAGAAGGAACAACUUGAUGCCGCCGUUCAGAAAUCCACCUCGCUAUCACUUGAAGCACUGAAAAUCGAUUUGUCCGGCAAACUCGACCAGCAGCUCGACCAGGCCAACGCCAUCACGGAGAAGUCGCUCGCUCUUAUUGAUAACGACCUCAAGCUAGCCCAAGCGAGUCUGGACUCUAUUCAGAGUGCCAUUCAAGAAACAAAACAAGCCUAUGAAAAGUUCGUGGGCCCUCGAUCGAUGCCGCACCGCGCCCAAGGGAAGGGUGAGAUCGCCCAAAUGUAG